CCUGGGUCCUUCAGGGAGUAGGCCCAGCCCUGGGCCUGGUGUUUUACCCUGGCUGCCCCCUUAUAAAAUGCUCUCCUUCCCGGGAGCGACCGAUGCCAGGGCCGUAUUUCUGGCUUCGCAGUAGCGGAGUGUGACACCCUCAGCCCAGCUGGGGCAGUACAGGUGAAGUUUCAGCACCACGCGGAUCUGCAGAGCAUGGGGAUGCAAGGAUUCCUUGGGGAUGGAGCUGAACCACCCCAGGACUGCAUUUCCCAUGAGCCUCUCUGCCCUUGCCCUCUGCUUACCCCUAUCAGUUUGCAUCCCAACACCAGCCCAGAGAUUUAUAGACAGGUCUCCACUUACUUCAGCUUCCCCACUGAUGCUACAGGCUUAGCUCCUAGUGGGGCAGGAAGGAAAGGGGCCCUCUCCAUAGGGGCUGGGGGGGACUGACUCCUGUGGUCUGAGAAGUAGCCUGGCUGAUUUUGGCUGGCUCCACUUUGUUACACUGGAACCUGGCAAGGCUAGUCAGCGUGGGCCACUGCUUCUGCUACUGAGCAUAGCCACAAGGAUAUGGGCAUGAUCCACAUCCAGCCCCAGGAUAUGAUUUGCCUUCCCAGCCCACACUAGCUAGCCCCCAGUGCUGCGAGCUUCCUCGGAGCAGUGCCCUACCCAUGCCAGCUGGCCCCCAGCGCUGUGAGCUGCCUUACAGCAGUGCCCUACCCACACCAGCUGGCCCCAUGCUGUGAGCUUCCUCUGAGCAGUGCCCUGCCCAUGCCAGCUAAUCAUUAGUGCUGUGCACUUCCUUGGAGCAGUGCCCUGCCCAUGCCAGCUGGCCCCCAGCGCUGUGCGCUUCCUCAGAGCAGUGUCUUUGUUGCCAUGGCUUGGAUUCUGGCCUUGCAGUUUAGCAUGGCAGCUCUGACCCAUGUUCCGUUGACCCCACGCUAUCUCUUUGACCCGUUCUCCCUGCUCCUUCUUCCCCCUCCCCCCCCCGCAGGUAAAUCUUUAACCUGGGCACAGAGCAGCCAACCCAGGGCUCUUCCACCCCAUCUGCAAACACUGCUUCCCUUUGGAGCAGUGGCCCUGGCAUCAUGGCCCAGCAGUCCCUUCACAUGGGGAAAACACUCCCCCCACCUGCCCCCGAGGACAGGAGCUCAAGGGUCCGGUUUGGUGUCUCCUACGGGAAGAGAGGGGGGGCAGGGAAUAGGCCCCAUUGACACAUCAGCCAAGGUCAUGGGGAGGGCAAAGCUCUGGAGCAGGUGCCAGGCCUCCCACCGCAAAUCCUUGCGAAAGCCAGAGGUUUGAUUCCAGCCCUCGCUCCUCUGCAGGGAGAGUUAUUAGGAGGGACGAGGUCGGGACAAACCAGUAGGAAUUAGCAUUGGAAAGCUGACAGCACUCGGCUCCCCUGGGGGGCAGCAGGAAUCCACUCCGCAUCUCUCCCAGCUUCCCCAUCCCUGGGGGGGGCUGAGUGGGGAAACUAGGCAGCCAGGGCUUCCUCUGAGAUUUGAGGAGCCGGGCCCCCCAGGAGCUCUCCCGAGGCCUCAAGGACUAGACGCCAGCCAUUGGCACGCAGGCUCAACAUGGCGGCCACCGCGUUCUUACUGCCCUGGGCAUGCUUGCUGAGCCUGGCCCUGGUGGCUCGAAGCACGGCAGACGGGGGCCCCGUUCUCUGGAACCGCCCCUUUGUCACAGUGUGGAACGCCCCGAGCCAGGAGUGCAGCACAAAAUACCAUGUGCCCCUUGACCUGGGGGUCUUUGACGUGGUGCUGAACCGCAACGAGUCUUUCCUGGGCCAGGAGAUCGCCCUCUUCUACAGCAACACACUGGGCCUCUAUCCACACUACACCCCGGAGGGGAUGGCAGCCCAUGGGGGCAUCCCCCAGAAUGGCAGCCUCCUGGCCCACCUCGGCAAGGCGAGGCACGACAUCCAGGCCGCCAUAUCGGAGCCAAGCUUCCGGGGCCUGGCAGUGAUCGACUGGGAGAGCUGGCGCCCCGUGUGGGCUCGGAACUGGGAUGCCAUGGAGCUCUAUAAGGAGAAGUCCCAAGAGCUGGUCCGGGAGCAGCACCUCGACUGGCCCCCAGACAGGGUGGCCGAGGAAGCUCAGGAGGAAUUUGAGCAAAGCGCCCGGGCCUUCAUGGAGCAGACCCUGGCGCUUGGCAAGAGCCUGAGGCCUGGGGGCUUCUGGGGUUUCUAUGGCUUCCCCAGCUGCUAUAACUAUGAUUUCAAAGCGGCCAACUACACAGGGGAGUGUCCCGCCGUGGAGCAGCGGCGGAAUGAACAGCUCUGGUGGCUCUGGAACCAAAGCCGGGCGCUCUACCCCAGCAUCUACCUGCCCAAGGAGCUCCGGCUGACAGACCAGGUUGGCAAGUUUGUCCGGCACCGUGUGGCCGAGGCAUUCCGGGUGCAGGGGCAGAUGGGGACCGGCAGCCUCUCAGUCCUACCUUACGCCCGUAUCCAGUACGACUUCACGGAGGACUUCCUCUCGCAGGAGGAUUUGGUCCACACCAUUGGGGAAAGUGCUUCUCAAGGUGCCUCGGGGGUUGUGCUGUGGGGCAACGAGGAUUACACUCGCUCACGGGUGCGUUACAUCGGGGGCUACGGCUGCUUAUGGGUUGGGAAUGGGAAUCCUGGCUGGGGUGUGGAUGCUCCCGCGCUCAGAGGAUGGGAAGGUGUGUGUGGGCGUCUCGCAUGGUGUGCAACUGGCAGUUCCCAGGUGUGUGUGAUGCUGAGAGUGAGAGCCCUGGGGUCUGGCUCCCCCUGCACUCAGGAGCUGGGAGGGUGGGUCCCGGCGGGACUGUGUGGAAGGGAAGCACAACAGGAAAAUGGGCCCCUCCUCUCCUCUGAGAGAGCCCUGCCUGGGUCUGUACUGUGCCCCCCUACAGGAGUCCUGCCUGGCACUGAAGGAGUAUGUGGACAGCAGCCUGGGCCACUACAUCAUGAAUGUGACCAGCAGCGCCACACUGUGCAGUGUCACGGUGUGCUCCAGCCAUGGGCGCUGUGUGCGGCGAGCCGGGCACCCCGGCGCGUUCCUGCAUCUCAGCCCCUCCAGCUUCACCGUCCAGAGGCAUCACAGUCAGCCCCACCUCCACCUGCAGGGACAGCUGGCAAAGCAGGAGCAAGCCAAGCUGGUGGAAGAAUUCAGCUGCCAAUGCUACACUGGCUGGGCAGGGACCCAGUGUGAACAUGAGGGCAACCCAGCGUGAGACCCUCAGCAGAGACACCCUGAUAUGCACCCCACAUGGCCCCAUACACCCCACCCCUGACAUACCCACACCCCACAUAUACUCCCCACAUGGCCCCAUGCAUCCCACAUGGCUCCAUACACCCCACUCCUGACAUACCCACACCCCACAUAUACACCCCCACGUGGGCUCACGCACCUUAUGUAGCCCCUUACAUCCAACCCCUGAAACACUCCCCACAUGGCCCCCAUGCACCCUACCCCAAAACACCCCCCCCUCGCAUGGCCCCAUUGCACCCACGUGGCCCCCUCACCCUGAAACACACCUGAACACCAAUAUGGACACAGUCUGGGAUGCAGUUCAAGCCUUUCUGUCAUGUACCCCUCACAUAGUGUAACUCUGUACUUUAUAACAGGAAACAUACAUGAUAUGUGGAACCCCAUCAUAAACUGACAUGUAAGUGUCAGAUACAUCCUAUGCUAAAAACCACCUCACAGAGAGGUGCAUACCACGUAUAGUGAUCUCUGUCAUGUCCACAACGGAGAGAGAUUCGUACCUCAUGGCCCGAAAUGUGCGCUGUAACUAGCAGCAUGCAAGGGCUACAACGGUGUAAGCCUCCUACACUGAACCAUUCAGUGUGGGGCUGUUAAACACCCCCCCCCCCAUGGCCCAUGCACCCUACGUGGCCCAUACACCCCACCCCUGGAACACCCCACCCCUGGAACACAUCAUUCCGAAAUAAAAAGAAAUCACAAGCUAGACCCAUGCAAAGAAUUCACAUGCCAACCUCAAGAGCAGGGGCGGCUCGAGCCAUUUCGCCGCCCCAAGCACGGCGGCAUGCCUGCGGGAGGUCCACUGGAGCCGCCCGCCGCCCUCCCAGUGACUGGCAGAGCGCCCCCUGCGGCAUGCCGCCCCAAGCACGCGCUUGGCGUGCUGGGGCCUGGAGCCGCCCCUGCUCAAGAGCCGAUUCACACAUGCAGAGCACCCGGCACUGCCACCCAAUCAAAUGGCUUUUUAGUUGCACAAGUGUAAGCGUGUGAUGGCCUCCAUCUUGGCUGAGACCCCAGGGACUGAACAGGAGACCUCCAGAGCUAAUCACAUGAACGACUGCAAGCUUGAGCUGAAGAGUCAAGGCAUCCUAGCAGGGCCUAUACAAGGCUCUCAUCCUGUGUGGAUCAGUCCUAUAACAUCCCCACCCACUGGUGGAUCACAAACACACUGGCAUUUUUUUAAUUGAUGGUGCUAUCUAGGAGUGACCGAGGCAAGGGGGGCUGGCUGAAGGGAUUUUGGAAGGGAAUUCCGAGCGGAAGGGGUAGCAGGGAGAGGGCAGGGAGCUACAUGAGAGUGUUGGAAGGGGACACAGUGGGGACACUAAGUUUGGGGGAGAGGUAGAUACACUUGUGGGUAGGUGUGACGAUAUUGACAUGAACUGUGACCGCACAGAUCAUUGUGGCAACCAAGGUCCUAUAGUUGCACCAAAUCUUGUAUAAAGGAGGUC